AUGAAAGCCCGCAUCAUCACCCACAUGAACACCCAGCACACCCGCGAACUCUCCCACUACCUUCGCCACUACGCCGGCCUGUCCGCCCGCGCCGCCGCCGCCUCGCCCGCCAUCCAGGACAUGGACCUCUCCAAGAUGACCAUCGCGACCCGCGGCGGCGGCACCUACGACGUGCCCUUCUCGCCGCCCCUGUCGUCCUGGGCCGAGGCUCGCCCGCGCGUCAUCGCCAUGGACGCCGCCGCCCGCGAGGCCCUCGGCAUCAGCGACGUCUACCUCACAGAGUACGCCUUCCCCCGGGGAUUCGACUGGGUGCCCUUCGUCGGCGUCUGCUUCUACUACGUCUGCGCCGCGGGGCUCCCGUGGGUUGUGCCCGGGAGCGCGGCGUGGGACGUCCUCGGGCACGUGUUUCCCGGCGGCCCUGAAUGGUUCCGCUGGGUGGUCAAGACCAUCUUCGGCAUCGUCUUGGCCAUUCACCUUGUCGAGGUCUACUUGCUGGACAAGUGGCGGCUGCAAAAGUACGGCGUCGCGAGGUUCUCCGGCUUGUGGUGGGCGUGGGCGAGCAACAUCUUCGUGGAGGGCAUCACGACGUGGAAGAGGCUGGACCGGAUCAUUGCCGAGAAGAGGGCCCAGAAGGAAGAGAAGAAGCACUAA